GCGAGUGGGGGGGAGAGGGUCGACGAUAGCGGGAUGGGAAGCCGGGGAUAUGCAGAAGCAGCGGCAUUAGAGUGCUCUGGGUCUGUGGAGAAAUGCCUGGGCCAUGCGGCCCCCUUGGCCCCUUGAACAACCCCUAGGAACCUACGGAAAACGCCCCCGUGGCGGGGGGGGGGGGAAGGGAGCGGCUGGCACGUGACCCGGGUCAGCCAAUCUGGAUGUUGCUGACGUGGCCGCGCGGCCCCGAUGCUCUCCCCACCCCCCAGCUCAGUCGGGAAGGGAGGGGCUGGGGGCUACGCCCCCUCCCCCAAAGCAACCUCAGUUUCCGGGGGGGUGACACCCCGGAUUACAUCCUCCCCCCGCACCAAGACAAGGGGAACAUUGGAGCCCCCCUGGAAGGUUCCAGGAUCCAGAUUCUUCACUGCGGCGGCCUCCUCACUGCCGAGAACAACAAGCCGCGGGCGUCCUGUGACCACACCCCGGCGGGCCCAGGCUGACAACGCCCACGCGGCCGCCUCCAGUCCUGCCAGUCUGGCCAAUGGAGGAGCUACAAACGGCACGACCUGCCCGAGCUUGGCAGUCACCAGUCGCACUGGGCUUGGACGCCUGGGAAGACUUUGUUGGAAGGGGAGGCGGGGAGAGGGUGCUGCACCCCUGCCAACCUCGCUCUUUCCCUGGAGUUGCCGAACCACAGCGCAGCCAAUUGGCUCGGAGAUGUGGCGGGUUGCCGCUUCCCUGUGGGUCUAUGCGGCAUUCUUCUGCCUGGUGACUAACGCGUUGAAAAUGAGGCUUAUGACGUCAUCGCAUCCGCCGACCAAUAGAAAACGCUCCCGCGGAGAGGUGUUCCUCCCCCUUCGACUGCGCUUCUUCACGCGCGUGAGCGAGCGCGCGCGCACGGAGGGGGUGGGGGAAGUCGCGAGCGCGGUGGCGCGCAUGAGCGGCGAAGCUCCGCCCCCCUGCCUAUAUAUAAAGGGCUGGCGCGGGGCUCGGCGGCGCCAUUUCGCGCUGGAGUGGAGCAGCCUCUAGAACGAGCUGGAGGAUUCUGCCUACCUAUACAGAGCCUUCGAGUCGUCCGGGGCCGCCAUUACAAUCCACGUCCAUCCGCUUGGAAAUGGCCUUCGUCUCGGCCUAUGACCGGUCCCGGCGGACAGUACAGACCCCAUAGAAGCCCCCGAAGCUCCCCUUUUUCGAGCCCCGCCCAGUCCUCGGAGUCUGUCCACCCCCUCUACUCCGCCCUCAAGAGGAUUUCAAAGAUGGAGGCGGCGGCUCCCUAAACCACUUUUCGUGUUCAUCCGCCUCCAUCCGAGAUCGAAACGGGACUUCGUCCGCGCCGGACGGUCCUGGCAGGAAGAGGGGAUCCUUGCAGACCAACAGCGGGCAAUAUUGACGACGGUGUCUGGGAUCGGGGACUGUCCUGGGGUUUGAAGAGUCCGUCCCCCUUCGCUCGCCCGCCUCAGCUGGGGCCGCCGCCAUUUUCUCGCUGUCCGCCUCCUGCGGAGCGCGCCAAGCUGCCGGGAGUUCUUCGAGAAACAGCGGAGGAGACUGCUUUCGUGCCGGCCCGGCGGGGGGGGUUGUUGCCUGGAGGGCCGAGGGCAGCGGCCCCCGACCCCCCCCCCUUCACUUCCCGGGUUAUGCUGGACUGGAAGGUAAGGGGAACCGAGGCCACCCGGACUUUCCGCGGCUGAGGGCAGCGCCGGUUCCCCGUGGUCAAGAUGCUGCAAAACGUGACUCCCCACAACAAGUACGUCCCCGCGAACGGCGUGUGGGAAGGGGACGUUUGCGAGUUGCAGCGCGCGGGUGUGGGGCGUCGGAUUCGGAGGGAGUGCGGGACCGAGUGGGGCGCGUUGUUGUUCCGUGGCGCAACUGUUGGCUCGCCGGGCUCGCGCAGGAGGUUGAGCGGCGGUUUGGGACUGAGGCAGUGGCCCAGAUCCUGAAUAUGGAGGGAGCACAGGUUGUCAGUUUAUAUGUUGUUUCUUCCUCUGUGGUUAGAUCUUACCCGAGUCGGGCAGAGGGAGGAGGCGGCAGAAUGUAAUGGGGAAGGACGCUGGUUGGGGAGCAGGUCCUGCGGGUCGUGGGUUUGGUGUCUAGCGACGGUUUGUCAGGCCUUUUGGGGGAGUGGGUUCGUGGCCGUAUCUUGUGCUUUACAGGGUUGCCAUGGUGAUAGAGCUCGAGGACUGGAAACGGAGAUUUCCUGAGUAGGGUAGAAGGUAGAAGGAUCACUCUUUCCUAAUGGUUGGGGUAGGUCAUUAAGUUCCUGCUAGUCUUUCGUUGACUGGUGCGGUUUUGUGUUGAGAGUUGUGUGUCUUGUUGCAGAGGAUUGGGUUUUUUGCUGUGUUUUUUUUUUGUUUUUGUGAUACAAUUGGGAGUUUCAUUCAGGGUAGGAGGGUGGAGCUAAAGAUCCUCUAGUCCAGCUCUGCGGAUGUAAACAAUGAGAUUUCGGUAUAACGUCUUUAGUCUUGGGCCUUGGGAAGCACCUGGUCUCGAGGAGCACCAGAGAGAAUGUAAACUUGGUGCAUUAUUGGCGUUUGAUCUUCAGAGUUGAUGCUGCAGUGGGAACUGUUAACGGCAUCGCAGUUUUUGUUAGGGGUUGCAGGGGAGGUCUGUAUCACUUUUCUAAGGGAACUUGCUGACCUUGACUGUUCGGACAGCUCUAUUUUUUGAGUUCUUCAGAGGGAGGAGACGAAUUUGUGAAUAAUUUCUGGAGGCUGGUAGCUUGGGGUAUUCCAGGCUGUGAAGUGUGACAAAUGCUCCCUUGUCUGAUUUUUUUCUUUUUUUGAGUUGAUAGGGUUUUCCGUUAGAUGUCUGAUCUGUUUGGAGUUAACUAUCCAGAGCUUGUGGAGGAUGCUGAUUCCUUCUGCACAGGUGGAUUCUUAAGUGUCUGUUUAAUUAGCAUUUUAUGAAAUUUUUCUAUUUUGUUUCCUUUUCACCCGCUUCUCUCAGGCUCAACCACCAUGGCAACCACCAAGUCCCUAGUGAGGAGGAAGCUUGGGGCUUGAGUUUCUCGGCUCCACCCAUUUUGCUUAAGUCCCAUCCCAAUAAGGCUGUGAUUCUCAAAUGGCUGUGCCUUGUGAGAAAUUACCUUGGGCUUUUUCACUUUAAAUUUUAAAAACAGAUGAAAGAGUCCAUCAGACUUGAGAAUUCAGAAUGUAGGACUAAGAACAGAAGAGGUGGUAGGAAGUAGAAGAACAAAAGCUCCAUGGAUUGUUUGGAUACUGGUUUCAUUUUCAUAAUCUUGACCACCUUUCACUAGAUUCCAAGCCUGGAUUUAUUGAGGGCUCCCUGGGGAGGGGAAUGCAGGGUUACUGGGGCUGGGCCCAGAGGCAGCAGCGCCUGGGAAAAGGAUUCGAAAGCCCUCCCUGUUAUAUGAGGGAUUCGAGAGCCCCACAAUGGCUUCAGUGCCGGCUUUGCAACUAACCCCUGCCAACCCACCACCCCCGGAGGUGUCCAAUCCCAAAAAGCCAGGACGGGUUACCAACCAGUUGCAAUACCUGCACAAGGUGGUGAUGAAGGCUCUGUGGAAACAUCAGUUUGCAUGGCCCUUCCGGCAGCCUGUGGAUGCUGUCAAACUGGGUCUGCCGGAUUAUCACAAAAUUAUAAAGCAGCCUAUGGAUAUGGGUACUAUUAAGAGGAGACUUGAAAACAACUAUUACUGGGCUGCCUCAGAGUGUAUGCAGGAUUUUAAUACCAUGUUCACCAACUGUUAUAUCUACAACAAGCCUACUGAUGAUAUUGUCCUGAUGGCACAAACGCUGGAAAAGAUCUUUCUACAGAAGGUGGCAUCAAUGCCACAAGAGGAACAAGAGCUUGUGGUGACUAUCCCUAAGAACAGCCACAAGAAAGGGGCCAAAUUGGCAGCACUCCAGGGCAGUAUCACCAGUGCCCAUCAGGUGCCUGCUGUCUCUUCUGUGUCUCACACAGCCCUGUAUUCUCCACCACCUGAGAUACCUACCACUGUCCUCAACAUUCCCCACCCAUCGGUCAUCUCUUCGCCCCUUCUCAAGUCCUUGCACUCCGCUGGACCCCCGCUCCUUGCUGUCUCUGCAGCUCCCCCAGCCCAGCCCCUUGCCAAGAAAAAAGGGGUAAAGCGGAAAGCAGAUACUACCACCCCUACACCUACAGCUAUCCUGGCUCCUGGCUCCCCAGCUAGCCCUCCCGGGGGUCUUGAGCCUAAGGCAGCACGGCUUCCCCCUAUGCGUAGAGAGAGUGGCCGCCCUAUCAAGCCCCCACGCAAAGACUUGCCUGACUCUCAGCAACAGCACCAAAGCUCCAAGAAAGGAAAGCUGUCAGAACAGUUAAAACACUGCAAUGGCAUUUUGAAGGAAUUACUCUCUAAGAAGCAUGCUGCCUAUGCCUGGCCUUUCUAUAAACCAGUGGACGCUUCUGCUCUUGGCCUGCAUGACUACCAUGACAUCAUUAAGCACCCCAUGGACCUCAGCACUGUCAAGCGGAAGAUGGAGAAUCGUGAUUACCGGGAUGCACAGGAGUUUGCUGCUGACGUGCGGCUUAUGUUCUCCAACUGCUAUAAGUACAAUCCCCCAGACCAUGAUGUCGUGGCCAUGGCACGAAAGUUACAGGAUGUAUUUGAGUUCCGUUAUGCCAAGAUGCCAGAUGAACCACUGGAACCAGGGCCUUUACCAGUCUCUACUGCCUUGCCCCCUGGCUUGGCCAAAUCAUCUUCAGAGUCCUCCAGCGAGGAAAGUAGCAGUGAGAGCUCUUCUGAGGAGGAGGAGGAGGAAGAUGAGGAGGAUGAAGAGGAGGAAGAAGAGAGUGAAAGCUCUGACUCUGAGGAAGAAAGGGCUCAUCGCUUGGCUGAACUACAGGAACAGCUUCGAGCAGUACAUGAACAACUGGCUGCCCUGUCCCAAGGCCCGAUAUCCAAGCCCAAGCGAAAGAGAGAAAAAAAAGAGAAAAAGAAGAAACGGAAGGCAGAGAAGCAUCGAGGCCGAGCUGGGGUUGAGGAAGAUGACAAAGGGCCUCGGGCACCUCGCCCAUCUCAGCCCAAGAAGUCCAAGAAAGCGAGUGGCAGUGGGGCUGGCAGCGCUGCUACCCUAGGCCCUCCUGGCUUUGGACCUUCUGGAGGAAGUAGCACCAAACUCCCCAAAAAGGCCACAAAGACAGCCCCACCUGCCCUGCCUGCAGGCUAUGAUUCAGAGGAAGAGGAAGAAAGCAGGCCCAUGAGUUACGACGAGAAGCGGCAGUUGAGCCUGGACAUCAACAAGUUGCCCGGGGAGAAACUGGGUCGAGUUGUACACAUAAUUCAAGCCAGGGAGCCCUCUUUACGUGACUCAAACCCAGAAGAAAUUGAGAUUGAUUUUGAAACGCUCAAGCCAUCCACACUUAGAGAGCUUGAACGCUAUGUCCUUUCCUGCCUACGAAAGAAACCUCGGAAGCCCUAUACUAUUAAGAAACCUGUGGGAAAGACAAAGGAGGAACUGGCUUUGGAGAAGAAGCGGGAACUAGAAAAGCGGUUACAAGAUGUUAGUGGGCAGCUCAAUUCUACCAAAAAGCCCCCCAAGAAAGCGAGUGAAAAAACAGAGACGUCAUCGGCACAGCAGGUAGCAGUGUCCCGCCUCAGUGCUUCCAGCUCCAGCUCGGAUUCCAGCUCCUCUUCUUCAUCUUCCUCUUCUUCAGACACCAGUGAUUCAGACUCAGGCUAAGGGGCCAGGCCAGAUGGGGCAGGAGGCUCCGCAGGACCGGACCCCUAGACCACCCUGCCCCACCCCUACUCUCCCUUUGCUGUGACACUUCCUCAUCUCACCCCCUCCCCCCACUGUAUGAGAGCUGGCUCUGCAGGGGGGGGGAAUGCAGGGACAAUUACUGAAGGAGGGACAUAAAUGGACAAAAUACAACUGCGUUCCCAGCCCCAUGGAGAGUGACCUCUUAGGCAUAGAGCCCCUAUUCAAAAUGACUGUGGUGGGGCAGGGGUAAAGGGUGGGAAUGGGCAAAGGCCCUGAUACAGGGUUACCUGAGGCCGUAGCUGCCCUGUUCACUUGUAAGGGCCCUGUUUUGAGGUUGUUUGUUCUAAUUUAUUUUAAGCUAGGUAAGGCCGAGGCAGGGUGGGGCCGUGGUCCCCUCAGCCUCCAUGGGGAGGGAGGAAGACGUUCUUUUUUUACGUUGACUUUUUUUUUCUACUCUGUUUUCCCUUUUCCUUCUGCUCCAUUUGGGGCCCCUGGGGGUUUCAGUCAUCUCCCCAUUUGGUCCCCUGGAUUGUCUUUUCUUUGUCUGUUGAUUCUAACUUGUAAAUAAAGAAAAUAUUAUUCAA